AUAAUAAUAAUUAGAACAAAAGUGUACUCCAAAGUUACCCACACACAAUUUCCAAGCAACCCACUUCAUCAAAAAAUAAAAAAACAAUUCCAAGCAACCCAUACCCCUCUUUCUUUUUGAUUUCCCAUAAUACCCCUCAAAUUCAAAUUGCACAAAACAUUAUAGUAUUACAUUACUCUCACACGACCUCGUCCCAACUUGCAAAAAUGGCUAACUCAUCAACCAAACAAGACCCACAACCAGAAGUACCAGAAUCCCAGAACUACGUCGUAUUGCCACUCUAUUUCCCUUGCCGUCGAAGACCCAUCCGCACAAUCUGCACCGUCGGUCUCGCCUUAUUUUUCGCAACCGCGUACGUUUUCUGGCCGUCCGAUCCAGACAUCAAGCUCGUACGGAUGAGACUUAAGAGCGUGCACGUGCACAGAACCCCGCACGUGUCGGUCGACGUGUCCGUGUCCGUAACGGUUAGAGUUAGAAACGCGGACGUUUAUUUCUUGGACUAUAGGCAGUUGGAGGUGGCGGUGGGUUACAGGGGGAAGAAGCUGGGGCACGUGAGAUCAGAGGGGGGUCACGUGAGGGCGAGGGGAUCGUCCUACGUGGAUGCUGAGCUGGAUUUAGCUGGGGUGGAGAUAUUUUCCGAUGUGGUAUUUUUGUUGGAGGACUUGGCUAGGGGUACCGUUCCUUUUGAUACUCUUACGGAGGUUCGUGGCCAGUUAGGCCUUUUAUUCUUUCAAUUCCCUCUACAGGCAAGAGUAUCAUGUGAAGUAAUUGUAAAUACAAUAAAUCAGACAAUAUUUCGUCAAAAUUGUUACCCUGAGCCUUAAGGGCAGCUGAGCUAGCUAGUAAACUCUGAAAAUGGAGGCUUCAUCUGUUGGGGCUGCCUAAAAUAGGAAUGUGCAUAUGCUGUUAAAAACAAAAAUGGUCACAAAUUGAAUUCUUUAUUGCAUGUAUUCUUCUUUAUCUAUGUACAUACAUUUAUGAGUUUAUUUAUCAUCAUUUAUCAG